GUUGGUUUCAAUGCUUCCGGGUUGGCGCUGCAGUGGUGUUUCCGACUGUGGGAGCCUCGGCUUCCCAGUCGUCCGAUGAACCCGAGCAGCUGAGUCCCUUCCCUGUCUUUCACUCUUCUGGCAUCGUUGGUUUUACUUCUUCGAUUGAACCCUGCUUCCUCGAACCCCCUGGGAGGCCGCCUCCUCAGGCGCCUCCCUUCUCUUCACGAACUCGCUCUGACAGCCGAGGAACUGGCAAGAUCCUGCUACCCAGAGGGUGAAUGGGUAUCUUUCCUGGAAUAAUCCUAAUUUUUCUAAGGGUGAAGUUUGCAACGGCGGCCGUGAUUGUAAGCGGACAUCAGAAAAGUGACACUGGAAGCCAUGAGAUGUCUGGUCUGAAUUGGAAACCCUUUGUAUAUGGCGGCCUUGCCUCUAUUGUUGCGGAAUUUGGAACUUUUCCUGUGGACCUAACCAAAACUCGACUGCAGGUUCAAGGCCAAAGCAUUGAUGCCCGCUUCAAAGAGAUAAAAUACCGAGGAAUGUUUCAUGCCUUGUUCCGAAUCUAUAAAGAAGAAGGUGUAUUGGCUUUGUAUUCAGGAAUUGCUCCUGCUUUACUAAGACAGGCAUCAUAUGGCACCAUUAAAAUUGGCAUUUAUCAAAGCUUGAAGAGAUUAUUUGUAGAACGUUUAGAAGAUGAAACUCUUCUAAUUAAUAUGAUCUGUGGGGUAGUGUCAGGAGUGAUAUCUUCCACUAUAGCCAAUCCCACCGAUGUACUAAAGAUUCGAAUGCAGGCUCAGGGAAGCUUGUUUCAAGGCAGCAUGAUUGGCAGCUUCAUUGAUAUAUACCAGCAAGAAGGUACCAAGGGUCUGUGGAGGGGUGUCGUUCCAACUGCUCAGCGGGCUGCUAUCGUUGUGGGAGUAGAGCUACCAGUCUACGAUAUUACAAAGAAGCACUUAAUAUUGUCCGGGGUGAUGGGAGACACAAUUUUAACUCACUUUGUUUCCAGUUUUACAUGUGGCUUGGCUGGGGCUCUGGCUUCUAAUCCAGUUGAUGUGGUUCGAACUCGCAUGAUGAACCAGAGGGCAAUAGUGGGACAUGUGGACCUCUACAAGGGCACUUUGGAUGGUAUUUUAAAGAUGUGGAAACACGAGGGCUUUUUUGCACUCUAUAAAGGAUUUUGGCCAAACUGGCUUCGACUUGGACCCUGGAACAUCAUUUUUUUUAUCACAUAUGAGCAGCUUAAGAGACUUCAGAUCUAAGGACUGAAUUACAUGUGAGCCAAGCCCUGCCAACCUUUCUACUCUUUUUCCCUUUUCCUUCUUCAAAUGUAUUUUGACAAAGUUGUGAGUGUUUACUGAACCAUUGGUCUCCUAAGGGCCUCCUGAUGGAAGAACAAUAGAUAGGAUUGUUCAAAAUUGUUCAGUUGUUUGUGUUACCAUGUUAACUUCCCUGAGAGGAAGUGUUAACAUUGAGAUUCUGGCACCAGAUUGGUAUCUUCUAUGAAGAUGGAUACUGAUGGGUGACAUUCAAAAUGGCCUUCUUUUCAAAUGUGGGUUAAAUGUAGUUGGUUAGCCUCAGACUUGGGUGAGAGCAGAAGGCAUAGACCAGGGAAGUUAUUGCUGUGUAUGUUACAGACCUCGGUUCUCAUUAAAGAAUUUAUUGGAAGAAUUA